AGGGGAUGAGGGGAGAGGGGCAGUAGAGUCUGAAGGAGUGAAGGAGAUGGAGGCAGGGGAUGAGGAGAGAGGGGCAGUAGAGUCUGAAGGAGUGAAGGAGAUGGAGGCAGGGGAUGAGACUCUACUAGACUCUACUCCACUGGCUCCACUCCAGAUCACCUGCCUAGAGAUGCAGGUGGUGAUGCUGCAGGCUGAACUGCAGUCUCUCUCUGAGGAGAACCAGAGGCAGGCUGAGGAGCUGACAGUGUGGAGGCUGAUGGCCCAGCCCCUCUGUCUAGACCCAGAGGACCUCACCGCUGCUACCCUCAGGCCUGGACACAACACUGCUACCCUCAGGCCUGGACACAACACUGCUACCCUCAGGCCUGGACACAACACUGCUACCCUCAGGCCUGGACACAACACUGCUACCCUCAGGCCUGGACACAACACUGCUACCCUCAGGCCUGGACACAACACUGCUACCCUCAGGCCUGGACACAACACUGCUACCCUCAGGCCUGGACACAACACUGCUACCCUCAGGCCUGGACACAACACUGCUACCCUCAGGCCUGGACACAACACUGCUACCCUCAGCCCUGGCCACAACACUGCUACCCUCAGGCCUGGACACAACACUGCUACCCUCAGGCCUGGACACAACACUGCUACCCUCAGCCCUGGCCACAACACUGCUACCCUCAGGCCUGGACACAACACUGCUACCCUCAGCCCUGGCCACAACACUGCUACCCUCAGCCCUGGCCACAACACUGCUACCCUCAGCCCUGGCCACAACACUGCUACCCUCAGGCCUGGACACAACACUGCUACCCUCAGCCCUGGCCAACACAGCAGUGUGACGGUGAUCAGAGAGGAUGAGCUGCUUCUCUCCUGUACCUCCAGUAGACUGUAUGGGAGGACCCUGGCCUCAAGACUGCAUCACUGCAAUUCUCCUGAAGCAAAGAGUCUCCAAAACCCAUCCAGAAUGAACAAAUCUACACAUCCCCAAGAGACGGAAAAACAGACCAAUGAACAUGGGGAAGAUGGUGAAGAAGCAGACAUCACCAAAGAUGUUUUCCAAACCUCAGAGCUCCAGACCAAGGCAACAGAGCACGCUAACCAAGAUGAUUCAGAAAACAAGACCAAUCCAAACACUCCCAGAGCAACAGAUGAGACCCAGACCAAGGCAACAGAGCACGCUAACCAAGAUGAGUCAGAAAACAAGACCAAUCCAAACACUCCCAGAGCAACAGAUGAGACCCAGACCAAGGCAACAGAGCACGCUAACCAAGAUGAUUCAGAAAACAAGACCAAUCCAAACACUCCCGGAGCAACAGAUGAGACCCAGACCAAGGCAACAGAGCACGCUAACCAAGAUGAUUCAGAAAACAAGACCAAUCCAAACACUCCCAGAGCAACAGAUGAGACCCAGACCAAGGCAACAGAGCACGCUAACCAAGAUGAUUCAGAAAACAAGACCAAUCCAAACACUCCCAGAGCAACAGAUGAGACCCAGACCAAGGCAACAGAGCACGCUAACCAAGAUGAUUCAGAAAACAAGACCAAUCCAAACACUCCCAGAGCAACAGAUGAGACCCAGACCAAGGCAACAGAGCACGCUAACCAAGAUGAUUCAGAAAACAAGACCAAUCCAAACACUCCCAGAGCAACAGAUGAGACCCAGACCAAGGCAACAGAGCACGCUAACCAAGAUGAUUCAGAAAACAAGACCAAUCCAAACACUCCCAGAGCAACAGAUGAGACCCAGACCAAGGCAACAGAGCACGCUAACCAAGAUGAUUCAGAAAACAAGACCAAUCCAAACACUCCCAGAGCAACAGAUGAGACCCAGACCAAAGAAAUGGUCUCUAGGCACAAUCUAGACAUCAUAGAACUAGAUAACAAAGAGUUCCCCACUCUGUCUCUCGUUGAGGCUCAAUCCACUGAAGCACAGUCCUCUGAAACCAACCAUCCCAGUCACCAUCAAGAGGAACCAAUCUCCACUGCUGUUGAGAAUAAAAAUCACUCCUCGGUCCGUAGAAAAGUCACCACUACAUCAGAGUGGCAAACUGAGAGAACGAUAGUGGAGACCAAGUUUCUGAGUUCAAAGGUCAUACCAGCAGGAUGGACUGGUCAAGAGCAAUUGAGCUCUGUAGAGGUGAGUAGUACCAGCUCUCAGAGAGAGGAGGGGAGAGCAACAGGCGCCCUACCAGAAACCCACCACGUAUACACACAGUCGGAGGAAGAGGAGGAGAAUGAUGAAGAACCCACAGAAUCACCCCCUGUGUCACCAGUCCAGAUGGCCGAGGGGGACAGGAUGUUGUUUUCUGGGUCCUUCCCGAUCCCUGCCGACCCAGCCCGUCUGGCGGAGCGGAUCCGUCGUAACCGGUCUCUGAUGUCUGCAGCGUACGAUGAUACGGAAUACGAACCCUACGGCCUGCCUGAGGUGGUUAUGAAAGGUUUUGCUGAUAUUCCCAGUGGUCUAGGCUGUCCGUACAUUGUGAGGAGGGGGCUCCUGGGUACUGCUGCUAUGCCCCGUCCCCAGAGAGAUCCCGGCCAGAGUGAGGGGGGGCAGGAGGACCCUGAUUAACCCCCAACAGCGUGUUUGUACAGAUCCACUGGAAGACCAUCAGAGGAGAAAGAGUUAAUUUCACUGGACCGGCUGUGUACUGACCCCCACGUCCUGCCCUGAUGUACUGACCCAAAUAAAACCGUUUCAUCUCUAUGUACUGAAACACCUGAAGACGGACAACUGUCCCCUGCUGACGUUGAAGACAAGACCUUUCAUUGAGUUUCACAGAGGCUCAUUGGUUUCUAUGCACCUACUACAGUACUGUUCUUUACAAAUCUACUGGUUCACAUUUCCUUGUUGUGGUUCAAAUGAGAAAUGGUGCCUUGUUUUUAUUUAAUUUUUAUAAGCUAUGUUAGUUAGUCCAUGGUCCAUUGCCUGUUGUGAAAACUUGAAUUUUCAUUUGAAUAGUCUUAUUUAUAGACUGUUGAAUGUUUUAGUGUGUGUGUUCAUAUCGGCUUUUAUAAGCAGUGGGUGUACAUUUGAGGGAGCGCGUGUCGGUUUCUACAAAACUACACGGAUGAGUACGUACUGCAUGUGUAGGAUGAUGUCUGGUCGUUAUGUUUUCUCAAUAUUAGCCUGUGUAUGACUCAACCUAACCUGAGCGUGUUUCCUCUCCUUGUAUGGUCAUCCACUGGGAGCGCUCCUUCUCUCCCUCUUCCCCUCUCUGGCCUUUCCCUAUUCAUUUCUCUCUCUCUUUAUACUCAGAGACCUUUUUAAAAAUGGCACCCUCACGCUGUGCUCUUGAAUUUACACAAGUGCCAAACACACGAGUGAGGUAGUUUAUUUUUAUUUUUAGAUACACUAUUUAAAUUGUGCAGGUUUAGUCAGCUUUUUUUUUACUUUUUGUUUUUCCUAGAUUUAAUAUAUUAGAUUUUUGGGGGGGGGAUAGAUUUUCCGUGCACGUUAGUGAUUGUGCCUUAGGUUUCUAUAUUUUCAGUUGCAUUAAUAAACUGCCCUGGUUUGAAACAAUAUUAACUUAAGGGAUUGUAUAUCAAAACAAAUUUAUAGCAUCUUAAAUGUAAUCUUGGUACUGCCACCCUCAUUGGUGUGCUUUGAGGAAGUGUGUGCGCUUGUAUACAAAACAUGAAGAACUCUUUCCAUGACAUAGACUGACCAGGUGAAUCCAGGUGAAACCUAUGAUCCCGUAUUGAUGUCACCUGUUAAAUCCACUUCAAUCAGUGUAGAUGAAGGGGAGGAGACGGGUUGAAGAAGGAUUUUAAAUCCUUGAAAAAAUUGAGACAUUGAUUGUGGUCCCGUGUGGCUCAGUUGGUAGAGCAUGGCACUUGCAACGCCAGGUUUGUGGGUUUGAUUCCCACGGGGGGACCAGUACAAACAAAAUAUAAAAAUGUAUGCACUCACCACUAUGUCGCUCUGGAUAAAAGCAUCUGCUAAAUGACUCAAUUGUGUAUGUGUGCCAUUGAGGGUGAAUGGGCAAGAUAACAUAUUGAAGUGCCUUUGAACGGGGUAUGGUAGUAGGUGCUGCAACACUGCUGUUUUCACACUCAACAGUUUCCUGUGUGUAUCAAGAAUGGUCCACCACCCAAAGGACAUCCAGACAACUUGAUACAACUGUGGGAAGCGUUGGAGUCAACAUGGGCCAGCAUCCCCCUGCCCCAACAAAGUGAGGCUGUUCUGAGGUCAAAGGGGAGAGCAACUCAAUAUUAGGAAGGUGUUCUUAAUGUUUUGUGAACGAAACCUUCCUCCAUUCCAAAUCCACUCCGACCUUCUUUCAGAGCUGAGGUGUAUUACAGCGUUACUGCAUGGUACUAAGAUGAAUGUGAGUUGUUAUUGGUUUUGUUGUGGUCUAAAAAUCUCAAAACGCCUUCUAUUUGUUUUUAACACAAAACGAAAUAAGUUAACAGCCAUUGGCUCUGAUAGAAAUGACAGGUUAAUACAUUGUGGCGUGACUUUUAACUUGAUGUACGUAGUUAGCUACACGUGCUUUCUGUCACUACCGACAUGAUACAUGUAGCCUGUAGCAACAACCAUGUCUUCUCUAGAUUGUGGAAGCCUGGCGUGUGUUCUAGAACACGUAUGGGCUGUUACAGUACCAUUCAUUAGCCUUCUGAACACACCCCUAGCUGAGUUAUCUGGGAUCUCUGGGUGGUGGGACUAGUCCAAGGAGUCCAAGCAGAACACACUGGAUUCUUUCCCCUGUAUGUGACACUUUUAUGUGAAUGUAUCGCUAUUGAUGCUUUGUGUCGCUGUUGAAGAAGAUAGAUUAAAAAGGUUGAUCUAAA